AUGGACACCAUCUUAGUCUUCAGCCUAAUCAUUGCAUCCUAUGAUUCCAAGGAGAAAGAUCUCAGAGAUAACACUUGCCAAGUGGAACAGCUGCCUGGGCUCUUCCCAAAGGAUGUGAGAAGCAUCAGGGACUUGCUAAUGCAAGAAGCUCACACAGAAGCCCAAAGGGGCACAUUCACCCAAAAUUGAACUGUGGCUACCCUGCAGUGCCUUGGCUCUGGGGACAAAGUGCAAGUCAACCUUUUAUACUCAGACGGAAGGCCAGAGGCCAAGCAUAUUCUGAAGAACCUGACAGUCUCUGCUGCUCCUUGCAGAUACAACUCUGCCUCUCCAACCUGUUACCUAAUCUUCACAUCUAAGUUUCAGACUGGAUCUCUCCUAACAGGCAAAGAAAUGCCAAACAUCCUCGACAGUGAAACUGGCAUUAAUGGAGCCACUGCUCUGUCCACCUCUGCAGUUGGACAAGAUGCUCCUAAUUCAUCUAACUCAAGGAAAGCCACAGAGAUCACUAUAAUCCACUAGACAUACUUCUGAAAAGUUCUCCUUUGCCUCAGCCAUUGAAUAAAUACACUACCUUCUCCCUAAUAUUAAUCAAUAUGGGAAGAUUCUCUUUUAUGUGUGGUACUUGGGGUUGAACCCAGAGCCUUUGCACUGAGCUACAUCCCCAGCCCUUUUUAAUUUUAAGACCAAGUCUUGCUAAGUUGCUCAUGCUGGGCUUGAACUUGUGAUUCUCCUGGCUCAACCUCCCAGAGGGCAAGGAUUACAAGCAUGUGACAGCAUGCUCAAUUAAAUUUUUUUUUAGUGGUAGUGCAGGGAAUUGAACCCAGUGCUUUGUUCACGCUAUGCAAGCACUCUACCACUGUGCUAUAUCCUGGUGAAUAUUCCUCCCAAUGUUACACUCAUAUCUUCAUCCAGGCACUAACAUCAAUAAAGCCAGAACAAUGAAGGAAAAGCCUUCAUACCACUGCUACUGAUGUGGCCACAGGCCUCUGUGAUUAACUUUGUACAUCCAUGAAAAUGGUUGUCUUUCCAUUCCAUCAAAUGAAAAUUCCAAGCACUAUGAACAGACCUUACUGCUCUGACAGAAGACUUAAGUGCAGCCUCCAAAAAGUGGACAAGGCAGCUGGUUGUGACACAUCCCAACUCCUAUGCUACCCUCACAGAUGACUUCAUACUCACAGUUGCCUUCACUUUGUGGCUGUCACCUAGCUUACAUGGGGUACCUGCCCCCGCCCAGGGUGACAUUUGUAGGGUUUUAGGAUUUAGCCUCUGCCACCACAUGUAGCUGUCGAUGCACUGGGGACAGGAACCCAACCCCAAGCAUUCCAAAGUCCUCCUCAGAAGUCAUCACUAAGGGGUCAGGGCUGCAGACAACACUCUAGCGAAGUCUCCCAAGGAUCCAGAGUUCCAUGGCAGGUCCGAUACUAUGUCUUAUUUUAAUAGUGAGCAACAUACAGUUUGGAGCAUCAGGGU